AUGGUUGAAAAGGCGGCACUGACGCGGCUUCGGCGCGAGUAUGCCAUAAUCCAGCAAUCCCCGAAAAUCCCACAUAUCGUGGCCAGACCAUCGGAGACGAACAUCUUAGUGUGGAACUUUGUCUUGCAUGAUCUGCCGGUUGAGACACCAUAUCGUGGAGGUGUGUAUGAAGGGAAGCUUGUUUUUCCGCGAGAGUAUCCCCUCAAGCCGCCGGCCAUCUACAUGCUCACACCAUCGGGCAGAUUUGAUAUCAAUACGAGAUUGUGUUUGAGCAUGUCAGAUUUUCAUCCAGAGAGCUGGAAUCCGUCAUGGCGAAUUGAAUCAAUUCUUGUGGGCUUGGUCUCGUUCAUGCUGGACCCGAGUGAGCCACGCACAACUGGCGGCAUGCACACAUCAGAAGCGAAGCGUCGGGAAUACGCUCGGGCAUCGUUCGGUUUCAACACUGCUCGGCCAGAAUUCCGCGACCUUUUCCCAGAGUUCUGCGAUGAGCAGAAGCGCGGUGGGGAUGGGCUCUUCUCCCUUUGCCCCGAUGCUUCCACUCUUUGCCCCGCCGCCUCAGGAGAAGCGACCGGGCCGACGAAUCCGGCGGGGAAGACUACACAAGCGGACAAGGCGCGGCCUCUGGCAGAGAGUUGA